AGUUCUUUCAAUCAGUUUCGUCCUGAACCUACAAUUUUUUUUCGGCAACUAAACAUCACGGAACCACAUCGCCAAAAAUUAUAGAAACCAUGAUCCGGCCGUCUCUUUUUCUCAUGUCGCUGGUGAUCUUGGCAUGGGCUGCUCCGGAGACCGCUGCCUUCUUCAUCCCGUCGGCUUCGCAGCGCGCACCGCUCCCAGCCACGUCGUUGUCGCCGUCGUCUUCCCGGCUGUCAGCAAUCUACAGCCCCGGGAGAUCGGCCUCCCGCGGGGGAAACAAGGACGAGCGAUCGAAGCGACAGUAUCGCGUAGGGGAACUCGUCCGGACGGAACUGUCCCGGAUCAUCCAUUCGGGCGUCAUAAAGGGGAGAGACGCGACCUACCUCGACGAAGAACUUCGGACACGCAUCAGCGUCGUGAGCGUCGACGUCAGCCCGGACCUGAGGCAGGCCCGGGUGUCGGUCUCGAUUCGAAACGCCAAUCCGAAGCAACGGCAGCCCAGUGGAAGUGACGAGAUCAUGUACUUCGAGGACGAUCCUGCGGUGGACAAGAGGCGGGCCUUUUCCUGGCUGGUGGACAACACCAAGACUCUCCGCCACACCCUGGCGCAAAAAAUGUCCCACAUGAAGACAUCGUCGCCCGACCUCACCUUUCACCAGGUCGAUGUCGCGGCUGCUACCGACGUCAUGUACCUCAUUGACAAGGUCUCGAAGGGAUACAAACGAGAGAGCAUCGGCGAAUACGAGUUCCUGGGAGACAUCGACGAGGAAGACGACGACGACGACAACUUUAUGGACGACGAUGACUGGGACGAAAUGGACGAGGACUUUUUCGAAAUGGAAUAAGCCAUGCCAACAGGGUCUGAAUGAAGAGACUCGUGUAGA